GCGAGAGAACCACGGAGGCACCCGUUCUCCCCUCUCUCUCUCUCUCUCUCUCUCUCUCUCUGUAGCGUUUCAUCGAGAAAGAGGUCGAGGCGCAUCGGCGAAAGACGAAACGAACACGCCUGGCGAAGGUAAAAAAAAAAAAAGAGAGAGAGAGAGAGAGAAGAAAAAACGCCCCCAUUUCUCUCUCCGGCAGCCAUGGACGUUGAUCCUCGUCAAUACGAACAAGUCACUAUUAAUGAGGAUGACAUACACAGUGUUGUUCUUUCAUAUCUUGUGCAUAAUUGCUUCAAAGAAACUGUCGAAUCUCUCACCACCUGUACGGGGAUGAAGCAGCCAGCUAGUUGUUGCGAGGACAUGGAAAAAAGAAAAAGAAUUUUUCACUUUGCUGCGGAGGGUAAUGCUCUCAAGGCCAUCGAUCUGACUGAGGAGCUGGCUCCUGACUUGUUGAAGGAAAAUACGGACUUGCAUUUCAAUCUUCUAACCCUUCAUUUUGUCGAGCUUGUCUGCUCCAAGAGCUGCACAGAAGCUCUUGAGUUUGCUCAGUCCAAAUUGGCUCCUUUCGGGAAGGAAUAUGUUAAAAAGCUAGAAGACUUCAUGGCUUUGCUCGCUUAUGAGGAGCCUGAAAAAUCACCAAUGUUUCAUCUUGUCAGCCCGGACUACAGGCAGUCUGUUGCUGAUAGCUUGAAUCGAGCAAUCCUUGCAAAUGCAAACCAGCCAAGUCACUCCACACUGGAAAGGCUGAUAAAACAGAUUGUGGUUGUUAGACAACUUUUAAGUCAAGAGCAUGGCAAGGAUACCUUUCUACCAUUUUCUUUGAGGGAUUUUUUGAAGAGCUAGUGGCAAUUCCUUCAGGGCUUGGCGGAUGUAAUUAAGAUUAAUUUGCAGAAUUUCCACAUGGAAAUUUUAUGAAGGGUCUGGCUCAUCAUGGAAAAGAGUUUUCUUUUCCUGCCUGUUGUGUCUGAAAAGUGGCUGAGCACGAUGUAUUAUUGAGCUGUUCCUGCAUUUACCAAGUUUAUUCUUCUCUUGGUCGGCUGCAAUGAAUGGUUCUCAAGAUUAUGCCAAAGCCAAUGUCUCAUCAGUGGUUGGUUGAUCAGUUUGUGUACACUGUGGUAGCUUACCUGAAUCAAAACCCUUGGAGUACAAGUUCUUGUUUUCACACAUACCGCUUUGCGCCAUGAAUCUCUGCUUUACACUUCAUGUCACAGGUUACAACCAUCUCUUGUUGAUAUGAUAUGGGGAAACACAUAAAAAGCAGAAAGAAAGCUCCUUGAUAUCUUCUUUGCUGCCAGGAGAGCUUUUUCGUUUAGUAUGGUUCAGAUUGGCCAGGGGCAUCCAAUAUUCAGUAAACUUGUAUUUUCUGCUUUUUCUAGUGUUCAUACGAAGUUGUGUGAUCUUCCCUGGUGUAAUGAUUUCUGGAAUAUUGAUACAUUUGUCAGCUUUUGCUGCUUGUGCAUGAUUAAACCUUCUUGCCCAAUUUGUUCAUUAGACUGUUGAACCUUUCUGCAUGGGAUGAUAGUUUUUAUGUGGUUUGUCA